UGAUUCUAUGACCUCUCCUGCCUUUAGCACUCCUUCAUCCAGCUGCCCUGCCCCGAGCACCUGGAGGACGCCUGCCUGGAGAUGAGCCCCGAGCAAGUCCAGCAGGAGAUCAAGUGUUGUGCGGAACUUUGCAGUGCUCUGGAGCAGGACCAUGCGAAGCUACAAAUGGCCGUGGAAGAUAUAGAGCAAAGGACGCGAGAGCUGAGGAGAGAGGGAGAACUUCUUCAUAAACAUCUUGAGCAACAAAUGUCUUUAAAGAGAGAUACAGGGAUAACCUGCCAGAUGAACAUUUUAUUAGCAAAGGAGGAAAAUAACAGCCUGAGGCAGGAGAAGGAGAUGCUGAAACAGAAACUGGAAGAAAUGAAGAAGGUGCACCAGUUGACGAUGCUGCCUGCCUUGCCAGAGAAGAAAAUGGUGUUUAAGGGACUUGUGACAAACAAGGAGGACAUGAACAAGCUGAUGCUCACCCCGCUGAUCUACUACCCUCUGCAGGGGGGCUCAGCUCUCAUCACCUUUGAGAAGGCAGAGGUGGCCCAGGGGAUCAUCGAGGCGAAGGAGCACAUGGUGGAGCUGAGCUGCGGGGAGGAGCUGGAGGAGAUUGACCGGUGCAGAGUGCGAGUGCAGGCAGGACCGGUGGACAUACUGCUGCCAUCUUCCCUGGAGAUUGGGAUGACUCAGAGCAGCAGGAGUAUCCUUGUGUCUGACCUGCCCAGCCUGGACAUCUCCGAGGAGGCACUGCUGGACAAGCUGGAGCUCUUCUUCAGCAAGACGAAGAAUGGGGGUGGCGAGGUGGAGAGCAGGGAGUUCCUGAACGACUCUGGCCGGGUGGUGCUGACCUUUGUGAAGGAUGGAGUGGCUGAGCCGCUAAUUGCGAGAGGACGCAUCCAGGUGCUUAUUGGGAAAGGAAAAUACGAGCUCAAAAUAUCACCGCGCAUAAAGGGAGACAUCACUAACCUGCAGCUCCAGCCCUCCCGCUGCCCCAGGACCAUCCUGCUCUCGGGGAUCCCAGACGUGCUGGGUGAGGAGGCCAUGAGGGACACCCUGGAGAUCCACUUCCAGAAGGCCAGCCGUGGCGGGGGAGAGGUGGACGCCCUCGCCUACGUCCCCGCAGGACGACAGGGGGUGGCCGUUUUCAUGGAGGACAAGGACUAGUCAGCCCUGUGCAAUGGAGUUCUGUGCAGCUGCUGGCCCCUGGGCACAGUGGGAAUU